AUGGAUCCCUACGGAAAGCAUGAUCCCGAGGUCAACGAGAGCUCGGACGAGAAGCCCAUCGACUCCCAGUUCGAGCAGGCACAGAUGCUCGCCGAUCUGCCCGACCCCGAUGCCGGAAAGUCUGCAGAGGAGCGUGCCGCCAUCGACAAGAAGCUCAUGUGGAAGGUCGACCUGUGGCUGGUCCCCUGGCUCUCCCUCCUUUAUCUCCUCUCUUUCCUCGACCGAACCAACAUCGGCAAUGCGCGUCUCGCAGGCAUGGAGGAUGACCUCCACAUGAACGGCACCGACUACAACAUGUCUCUCACCAUCUUCUUCAUCAGCUACGCCGUCUUCGAACCCGCCACCAACGCCCUGCUGAAGCGCCUGACGCCGCGCAUCUUCUUUACCGGAAUCAUCAUCGUUUGGGGCAUGAUUAUGACCCUAAUGGGAUUGUGCACCAACUUCUCUGGCCUGCUUGCUGCCCGUUGGUUCCUUGGUAUCGCUGAGGCUGGUCUCUUCCCCGGCGUCAACUACUACCUUUCCUGCUGGUACAAGGGAUCCGAGAUCGGCGUCCGCUCCGCCGUCUUCUUCUCCGCCGCCGCCCUCGCUGGCUCCUUCGGCGGUCUCCUCGCCGCGGCUAUCGCCAAGAUGGACGGCAUCGGGGGCAAGCCCGGCUGGGCCUGGAUCUUCAUCAUAGAGGGUCUAGCGACCAUCUUCGUCGGCAUCUUCUGCUGGUGGAUGGUCUUUGACUGGCCCGAGGGCGCCCGCUUCCUGACCCCCGACGAGCGUAUCCGCGUCCAGCGCCGCCUCAUCGCCGACAAGCAGGGCCGCACCGCCGAGGACUUUGAUAAGCGCCACAUUUACGCCGCCAUGAAGGACUGGAAGACGUACGGCUACAUGGUCAUCUACAUGGGCUGCCUCGUGCCCCUCUACGCCUUCUCCCUCUUCCUGCCCACGAUCCUCCGCGCGAUGGGCCACACUGGCACCAAGGCCCAGCUGCUCUCCGUCCCGCCUUACGCCGUCGCCGCCGCUCUCACCGUCACCGUCGGUGUCAUUGCAGACAAGACCCGCUGGCGUGGAUACUGCAACGUCGCGACUGUCACUAUUGGUAUAGUCGGAUUCGCCAUGCUCAUCGCCUCAACCAACCCCCAGAUCCAGUACGCCGGCACGUUCCUCGGAGCCGCUGGUAUCUACCCGACCAUCUCAAAUACCCUCUCCUGGGUCAUCAACAACACCGAGGGCUCUCUUAAGCGCGCCUUCGUACUUGGCAUGGUUGUUGGCUGGGGUAACCUCAACGGCGUCGUCUCCUCCAACAUCUACAUCAAGACCGAGUCCCCACGCUAUCUGACCGGCCACGGCGUUGUCUUGGGCUACCAGGUGCUCUUCUUGCUUGGCGGAUCCAUCUUCAUGCACUUUGCGCUCCGGGUCGCCAACGACCGCCGCAAAUCCGGCAAGAUGGAUGCCCAGUGGGCCGGCAUGACGGACGAGCAGAGAUGGGUGGCUGGAGACAAGCGUCCUGACUUCAUGUAUACGCUAUAG